AUGGUGGUGAUCCCAAUAAACCACAACGAGCCCGACCCGGCGCCGCCGCCAAGGCCAGGGAGGCCCGCAAAUCAGCAACAACCCCCUCAGCAAUAUGGAGCAGUGACCGUGGCGGGGCCAUCGACGCAAAACUGGUGGGGCGAGGGGCUGCCGCCGCCCUCGUUUCGCAAGCCGACCAACCCGCUGCCGUGGAACGCGGUUCAGAAUAGGCCAAAACCCCAAGCCCAAGCCCCGCCCCCAAGCGAGGCGAGCGAUCUGGAGCGACGGCUGCAGGAGGUCCGGAAAAUUGAUGAAGCCAAAAACGCCGAGCCAAAACGACCGGCCACCCUGGAGGAGCUGGAGGAACGGCUGGCCGCGCUGAGGGGCUGUGAUGUGGAGCUGAUCCGCAAUCCGAGAGUUUGGUUUGACCCAAAACCGGGCGCCGACCUCGAGAGCGACACGCCGGCCGGGCUGAUCAACAUGGCGAUGGACCGGCAGAAGAUUGAGGACAACGUCGAUCGAGACUUGGAUGACAAAUUUCAGAGAAUUCGGGCCCGAUACCAGGGCGAGCAGCGGGACCCAGCUGGAGAACCGGACUCCAGUCAUCAAGACGACCCUCGACGCUCGCAAGUCUCUGAGUUUUCUCAAAACACCGAAUUUUCCGAGGCGACCAAUGAAGAGUUGAGGCAGAUUAAUGAAUUAAUGUCCGCCGCGGAAAACAAAGCUCGCCGUCAGCCAAAUCCGAAGCCGACUGACGACGAUUUGGACAAGGAGGCGAGGACCGUCUUGGCGGCUACUCGCCAAGCCUCCAUCGACAUCAACAAGAUCAACAGCGAAUUCUCCAAUUUUUACCAGAAGCGGAUUGAUGAUACCAAGGUAGACGAUGAUGAAGAUUCAAAUUCGAGCGGCAGCCUGGAUGCCGAGACACUGAGGCAAAUUAUGGAAGAAGCGGAAAGGGCAGAGGAUGAAGAAACGAGAAAAGAGGUCCACCAGCAAAUGGCCGCCCAGCGUCCAGCACCUCCAGAAGCCUCGAAAAAGCCCGGAUUUUUGGGGAAAUUUUUCAAGAAA